AUGGUUGUGUUUGAAAAGACUGACGAAGGCUGGGAAAUGACAUCAGAGUCUUUGAGAACCAGAAGUAGAACAGAGGAACCUCCGAAAUCGGCGACGACAGAUAAUUUCCCUGUGCGCCUGGUGGGAGGCUGGGACAGAUGUUCUGGACGUGUGGAGAUUAAUUAUAACAAAUCCUGGGGUUCAGUAUGUGAUGAUUUAUGGAGCAUCCAAAGUGCAGCUAUAGUAUGCAAACAGCUGAAUUGUGGAUAUGCUCUUCAAGCUUUACAUAAUGCAUAUUUUGAAAAAGGUUCUGGAUACAUCUUAAUGGAUGAUGUGAAGUGCUCUGGAAGUGAGCAAGCCCUUUCACAAUGCUCUCAUAGAGGAUGGGGUGUUCAUGACUGCAGGCCACAUGAGGAUGCUGGUAUAAUUUGUUCAGGAUCCUCCGCUCCACCUGCUGGACUUAACAAAGAUUUCUAUCGCAUGCCAACAGGAACUCUAGCUACCUCUGCUACUCCUGAACAAAACACAGGUGUCUAUACAGGUGCUUCAACAAUAAGCCCAAGACUUAUAUUGUCUUCAACCUAUGCUAUAACCUCAGUAAGAAGCUCAGAUAUCUUAUCUACGUCUCAAGAGGUAUUCUCAGCCGCCUCCACAAGUAAUCCACAAGAAGUAUCAGUCUCAAGUUCAGUUAUCUCCCUAAGUAGUCCGGUACAGAAAACUGGCUCUAACUCAGGUAAAAUGUUUUUGCACAAUGAAAUGUGA